CUCUUCUUCCCUCACUGAAAAAUGCACACAUUUUCCCAUUAGUGACUUGGUGAGUGACCUCAGAGAUGGAUAUGCAGAGCCCAGGACAGAAGCAGACAGAGAUUAAUACGACAGUAGCCACCACCACCUCGUCAGCUGCCAUUCCCAUCUCAAUGGUCACCUACUGUCACCCUGCUUGCACCCAAGCCACAGCUGCUUCCCUCAGCGCUGUUCCACCUGGUAGACAGUCCAUCCAGAUGAUCCAGCAGGCUGUCCACAGGCCUCAGAGCAUUGCAGCUCAGUACUUGCAUCAGAUGUAUGCAGCCCAGCAGCAGCACCUCAUGCUGCAGACUGCAGCCCUGCAGCAGCGUCAACACACACCUCAUCUGCAAAGUCUGGCCGCCAUUCAGCAGGCUUCUGUGUGUCAGCGGGAAUCACCUACUUCAUCCAGCGGGACUUUGGCUCCGCUUCCUGGUGUUGUGUCCCAGAACUCGGUCACUUUACCUGCAUCUCCGGCAACUGCUCAGCUGAUUGCCCGAACACAGAACUCCACUGCUACAACAACAUCCAUAUCCCAGCAGGCAAUGCUUCUUGGGAACAGGCCGGCCAACUGUAACCAAACUCAGAUGUAUCUUCGGACACAGAUGCUUAUUCUAACUCCUGCAGCCACCGUGGCUGCAGUUCAAUCAGACCUCCCUUCCAACACCUCCAGCUCUUCUUUGCAUCCCUCUGCACAGGUGCUCUGUCUGGCUCUGCAUGCACAGUUGCCGAGGACUCUGGCAGCAGCCCACAGUGUCAUUUUAAAGCCGCCCACCCAGUCCCAAGCUGUGUCCAAGCCAGCAAUUUGUGCGCUGAAGGCCAAGCAAAUGUGUGACGCUUCAACAGAAACAAACCCACCUGAGGUCACUCAGCCUCCCCCAGGACACACAGCCGCAGGAUGUUCUCCAGCACAGACACACAUUCUGCAGGCGUCACAGCACCGGGUCGUCCUCCAGAACACGGAGGGCACUCCCAACAAUAGACAGUUCCAGCCUAUCGCCCUGAGAGCAUCACCACAAGAAGAUAAUUCCAGCCAUCAGGCUGCUCCUCCCAGCAAUGAUGACCAGACCUCUCCUGCUCCAUCUGUUGCCAGCGUGUCUGCUCACACUCCAGUUCAAAAUGCUGUUGCUAAGCUUCCGCCUCCCCCACUGUUAGCUGCUCCCCACCGUCGCACGUCUGUCCCAGUAGUGCAGAACCAGCCUACAUGCCCCCCUCCUCCUCUCGUUCACGAGCAGUUACCCCAGAACCCUCUCGUCACCCCCCAGAGGUCGUCUGUGCACUCGGUCCAGGCUUUGAGUGUCCAGUCAGGCCGGGUGCUGCUGACAGAGCAUGAACUGCCUGUAGCCGAGGCCCUGAUCAAAAUGCCCUGCCAGACCCUACCGCCUCCUCAAACUAUGGCUGUUGAUCUGAAAGUGCAUCCAAACAGGCAAAGCCAAACUCAAACGGAAACAUGCACAGUGAAUGGAUUAAGAUCUGAGGAGAGCAAAGAACAGCGUUCUCCAAAUCCACAGUGGAAAAGGACCGCUACACUGCCCACUAUGUGUUCAAAACAGGGUGAAGAAGCAGUAAUGGAUUCAUCUUCCACCUUGUCCGGUCACUCAGUGAUCAGGUCGCUGGUGGUGGAAGAGUCACCCCAGGUCACCAGCAGGACCGCCCCUCUGCCACCUUCUUCCAUUCUUCCUACUGCAGUAUUAUCUUCCAGUCAUCCCCCAUCUCCCCCAGCAAGCACUCCAGGAAGCCCUGAAAAGUUGCUUAGAAGCCAGAUCCUUACACAUCUCAUAGAGGGCUUCAUCAUCCAAGAGGGCCUAGAACCCUUCCCGGUGGGUCAUUCUGCACCAGAGCACCAGGCCACACUCCCUGAAUCACAGGAGAUACAGACCAGUGGGGAUGCAGCACCUGAGGGCAGUCUGCAGGAUGCUGAGCAGUCAGAUUCUACAGACUGGGAGAUGCAGAAUGAUGAUAGCCCUACAUCAGAUGGUUAGGACUUUCUCAGGGAGAAAGAGAGUGUCGCGCACGUACUGCAGUGUGAGCAAUGCGGGAGUCCAGGUUACGCUUCCACAUUUCUGUGUUCCAAGCGCUUCUGCUCACUGACCUGUGUGAGAAGAUCCAGAAUGCGCUGCACCAAGCCAAUCACCAAGGUGCGAGCGAGUCACUGGGUUCAUGGGUUCAUAGGCAGAAGAGGCCGACCGCCUAGCAGAAUCAAUGGAGCCUGCAGAGAAAAUGUGCUGAGACAGACUUACAAGACAUUUGGUUCAAAGGACACCCAACAAGGCUCACCAAGAGAAGAGGAGGAACCUGCCAUCCCACCCAUGACCACUAGGCUCUGGAGGCAAACCAAAAGAGACCAAGACAGGCAACAAGUGCAGGAGAGAGAGCAGGAGCAGAGGAUGACAGAACUUUCCAGAACUUGCGAUGAAGAGGAAGAGUUUGGUCGUCCAUUGCACUGGAACGUGGAGAACGUUUUCUCCUACAUCAAUUCCCUGCCAGAAGGUCAGGACAUUGCCAGGGAGUUCCGCCGCCAGGAAAUAGAUGGGCAGGCUCUGCUGCUUCUCACAGAGGACCACCUGAUCAGCACCAUGAACCUGAAACUGGGACCUGCACUCAAAAUCUGUGCACAUAUUAAUUCUCUGAAGGACGCAUGAACAACGGACGC